AUGCUAACAAGGAGAUUGGAUACAGACAAGCUGGAGCACCUCUUCGAGUCCAGAACCAAAGAGCAAACUCCAAAGAAAGUAGGUGAGGGGAAGGGUAAGAAUGAGGUGAUCGUCCUGGACGCCAAGCGGUCCAAUCAGAUCAACAUCGGGCUGACCAACCUGCCUCCCCCCAGAACCAUCAAACAGGCCAUCCUCAACAUGGACAGUGUGGCCAUGAACAGGGAGGGCAUCGAGAUGAUUCUUAAGAUGAUCCCGUCUGACGAAGAGAAGACGAAGAUCCAGGAGGCCCAGAUGCAGAACCCUGACACGCCGCUAGGGGCAGCGGAGCAGUUCCUCCUCACCCUGUCCUCCAUCAGUGAACUCACAGCCAGACUCAACUUCUGGGCUUUCAAACUGGACUAUGAGACCAUGGAACAGGAAGUUGCAGAGCCCCUUAUGGACUUAAAAGAGGCCAUGGAACAGCUCAAGAACAACAAGACUCUAAGAUACAUACUGGCCACUCUCCUAGCCAUUGGCAACUUCCUCAAUGGUGCUCAGUGUAAGGGGUUCCAGUUGGACUACCUAGCGAAGGUACCCGAGGUGAAAGACACGGUACAUAAGCAGUCCCUGCUGUACCACCUGUGUACCAUGGUCAUGGAGAAGUUUCCAGAGUCCACAGACCUCUACUCAGAAAUAGGUGCUGUCACAAGAUCAUCUAAGGUUGACUUUGAACUGCUGACCUUGAAUCUUGCCAAGAUGGAAAAGCAGUGCAGGGCAUCGUGGGACAACCUGAAGGCCAUUGCUAAACACAACAUGGCUUCCCCUAUGAAAAACAAAUUAACAGAGUUCUUGAAGGACUGUACAGAGAGAAUAGCCAUUCUAAAGAUUGUACAUAGAAGAGUUAUCAACAGAUUCAACAAGUUGUUAAUCUUCACGGGGAUGACACCCCAGGCCAUCAAGGACACCAACAUCAACCAGUUCUGUAAGACCAUCAGUGAGUUUGCCCUGGAGUACCGCACCACUCGAGAGAGGGUUCUACAGCAGCAGAAGAAGAAGGCCAACCAGAGAGAGAGGAACAAGACCAGGGGCAAGAUGAUCACUGAUACCAAGAACUUUGCUGGAAAGUCUAAGAAAGAGAAGAAGGAGGAGGAAGAGGCCAACGCCCUGAAGGCCGUUCUGAAACACAGUGCAAUGAACGGGGAGGUCAACCUCAACACCUCCAUGGAGCCCCGGCUUAGAACCCGUGGCAAGUCUACUGGGGAAGCAAGACGCAGCAGUGGGUCUUCACGUGCGAAGGACGCCGACCCAGACGACAACACGGAGGAGAUCAUGGAGAGGCUGGUGAAGACGGCGACAAACCCCGGAACUCGCCUCAUCCCCAGGGAGAGGAAGAGGGCGCGACAAGUCAACAGAAAAUCAUUACGCAGAACACUGAAGAGCGGGCUCAGCGAACAGGAGUCCAAGGCACUAGGCAUCACGUCCAAAAGCAACCCGGUCAACAUAUAGGUGUACUGAUCCUUACUCCCUGUGCCAGGUUCACGUAUGCCUACGAUCUCCCAGCUUCAAACCACCCUCUAUUGAUUCUAGUAACUUAAACUGUUUUCUGGAAAGUACAAAAUUUCUGUGCUGUAAAUGAUGUGAAAUAAUUUCUUGGCAAAAUCAAUUAGGAAUUAAACUUAUGGCAGUCACAUCUUGAUGAUGACAUUUUUGGAAUAUAUGCAUGGGGGUGUGUUGUAGCUGAGAGUUCUUUAGGUCCAUUGUAAGGUAUCCAAGCAAAGGUACUGAGCAUUGAUUGUGAUCUCUUGUUGUUUGUGUCAGUGUAAAAUUAUUUUAUGUGUGGAAUCAAUUGUCCAUUCUUUGUUAUUUGCGAUGUUGCACUCAAAAUGUCCACUCGCUCUUAGCUGUCAUUCAGAGCCUUUGCUUGGAUGCAAACUGUAUUGAAAGGUACAUGUAUAAUGGCUCAGAAAUAACUAUAAUCUGGAGACAGAUUUAAUGUUUAUUAGGUGCCAGCCAUGACAUGGCAAGACAAGAAAAAAAACAGCAAAAAUGGUAUUACUGUGCUGAAUUGACUUUUAGACGGUUGUAUAUUCUCACCUUACUUCACUGUAAAGAUGCUGAUUUUACAUGUAUGCUAAGUGACACCUAAGUAUGGGACUGUGCAGGUUGACAUUGUUGUAACUAAGAUUGCUCUGUAUAUGCUGGCUUGUUUGUAACUUAAAAACAGAAUAGACGAAAGCGUGAACUCUGCAUAUGCUUGCCGGGAUGGGAAGUAUGUUUUACUCUGAGGAACUUCAAUGACGUUUACCAUGCUUUUAAAGGAGGCAGGUUUUUUCUGUACAGUAGCUUUUAUCGUUGAAUUUCAUAAAUUUUUAACAUCGCUGAAAAUGCAGCUUUAAUGAUGGCCUUGGGGGUAGAAAUACUACCAAUAUUCAAAUCAGCAAGCACUUGUAAAUUUAUGGGAACAGGUAAUAUUGUUGUUAUAUGUAGAAAUCAUGAAAAAAGUCAUUACCAUGACGUUUGGAACAGUACUAAAUGAAUUUCGACAGGCCCCGAAAACGGAGCACGAUUUUUUGAUAAUGUUCUAUAAUUAUAUUAUAGCAGGAUAGUGCCUUUGCCUUUUUAAGAUAACUAAUAUAUUGCCAUAGAGUUGUUUGAUGAGUGAAUUGUAGAAUAAUAAUAACUAUAGUGUUUUAAGAGUGUACUGAAUGUUUAUAAAUAAUUAUGGACAACUAUCUUAAUUGUAGAUACUGAUAUGGAGGAAACUGUGAUAUAGACAAUUUUAAUGUGUAUGAUUGUGCAAGGCCUGCGCACAGAUUUUAGACAUUUUCAUGCCUUAAAACAGCGAAUUUGCACACCGCAGGCUAUAUGAGGUGCUUGUAUGUAUCCAUUUUAAUGUAUUUCAAAGUCAACAUAGACCAUUUUUUCAUGCUACCAAUGGUUUAGAUUUCACUUCAAAAUCUUAACGUUGUUGCUUGACUGUGUAUUAAUUGUACAGAAUAUUAUGCGACAAAGGUUCGCAAUAUUGUAUAGCUUAUUAUUAAGAAGGGAAAUGGAACAGUUGGUUGAAACGCUGAGAAGAAGUAAUGGCGAGGAAGAAUAUGAUUUCUUACUUACUAGUUUGGUCUUUGCAGUCUACAGUGUAUGUUAGAGUGGUGGCAGACACUGUUGCCACAUUGCCAGGUAGCCAGGCUGUGUAGACAUGUGCUGCUACAUUUGUUGCAAAGUUUCCACGUUAUAAGCUCCACGCUGUACCAUAUGAAAAAGCCAUAGCAGAUAAACCAAACGGACAGAAUUAAAAAUUCUGAAAAUCAA